AUCGAGUUGGGAUCUGAAAGUUGGAGCUGCCAGGGGACCCAGUGUGUUUGUGAAGCUGAUAAGCGCGUACCCCGUGAGCGUGCGAGAGGGUGUUUUGUUUUGACAAGGUGAAUGAAGGCGACUGGCGCAACCUUUAGACCCCCUGGACACCUCUGAGCUUAUCUGGGUGUGAUGGAUGCAGAGGUGGUUCUGCAGGAGGAGGACAUGGAGGAGUCAUGGUCAUUGCUGUCCUGGAUGGCGUCCUGCCUCAUGGUGUUCGGGGGGGCGCUGCCCUAUGUGCCUCAGUACCAGGACAUCCAGACGAGCAGCAACAGCGAGGGCUUCUCCACCAGAGUCUGUCUGGUGCUACUCAUAGCCAACAUCCUGCGCAUCUUCUUCUGGAUAGGGAAGCAGUUUGAGCUCACCUUGCUGCUGCAGAGUGUGGUGAUGAUCCUCACCAUGUUCGCCAUGCUCCACCUCUGCUGCGCGGUCCAAAACACCAACCGAGUGAGCACCAGGCAACACCGACUUUCAGACUUGGACUUUCGCUACUUCUGGAAGUGGAGCGCAUUUGAGGACUACCUGCUCUUCUGCUUCGGCUUUACUGUGCUGUUUGCGGUCAUCACCCUGCUGCUGCUGGACUCGGUCGUGUUUGUGGAGACGCUGGGCUCCCUGGCCGUGAUGUUCGAGGCCAUGCUGGGCCUCCCACAGCUGCUGCAAAACUUUCACAACCGCUCCACCAAAGGCAUGAGUGUGAAGAUGGUGCUGCUGUGGACCGCGGGGGACGUCUUCAAGACCACCUACUUCGUGACGAACGAAAGCCCGGCUCAGUUUUGGGUUUGCGGGUCAGUUCAGAUCAUAAUUGACGUGGCCAUCCUGCUGCAGGUCCUUUUAUACAGCCAAGACACACGGGUCAAACUAGGAUGAACAUGGCUGUUGCUUUGGGCAACGUAAAAACCAGGGCUUGUGUGAUAUUUCAACGAGUCUUAUUAUUUAAGUUUUUUUAAUAAAAUCCGCUGCAAAGUUGACAUUUAGCCUCAAGAGCAGAGGCAGACCUAUAUAGAUAG